AUGAAGCCUAGUGACUUAGCUAUGGCGAAAAAAAAAAGUGGUUUAUGUUUUUGUAUCGUAUUGUUGGUCUUCGUGAAUCAGGAGUGAGUGUACGAACUAUUUACAUCUUUGUUACACAUUAAUUCCAUUUUAAAAAACAAGUGCUAGAGAGAAAGAGAGGGAAGAAAUAAUUUUUUUAACAAUUUUGUAGUGGCAAGACAAGCUUGUGAGAAAGUUUUGCAGUGAACUCCCUCCGAGUGCUCUGAGUGCUUUUGGUGUCUCACUCUAUCAUUUAUAAACUUGACUCCUCGCUGUUUUAAGUUAUAGUUAUAUAGUUAUAAGUUAUAAUUUAACUAUAUAGUACAUAGAUGUAUGUAACUAAAUAUAUAGAUAUAGUUGCCAGUUGAGUGUGUAUAAUACAAAAGUAACGUCAGUGUAACAAGGCGGGAGUAAUAAAAUGUAUUUAUUAUUAUUAAUAAUGGUGGAUUUAUAAAUAAAUAUUUAUAAUUUAUAAUGGAUUUUAAGUGAUAAAUAUAUAAGUGGAGUAUAUUGUGGCAUAUAUUUUUAAUUAAAAUAGUUAUAAAAUUUUUUUUUUAAUACCAAGCUAACAAGUAUAAAUACACAUAUAUAAUUGUUGAUCGUUAUCGCGAAAUAUAUUCGCGAGGUACAAGUUCAGCUAACGGACAACAACGACGACGACGACGACGACGACGACGACGACGGGCGUCCUGAUGUUGUAACGAAACGGUCAAAAUGGAAGAACGCAGCGUUCACAGCAGUAUCAGUGAUAUAAAUAGUGAGGAGCCAGCUAAGACUGAACCAAUAAAUUUACCGAGAAAAAAAAGAAUAUGUUUAGUGGGCUUGGCCAGCACUGAUCCAGCACUAGGAACUGCUGCUCAGCAGUUUGGUGUCCCAGUUCUAAAAUCAGAAACAGGAGCUGAGUAUAUUGACGAUACUACUUAUUGUACGUACUUUGUGCUCAAGCAUUUUGAAGGAUCUGAAUAUGAAAUCUUACACAAAAGCCCUCAUAGAAUUCUCGGGCCUACGGCUCUCCUCCAAUUGGCGGACAAAAAAGAAUCUUUACCGAGUAUCAAUAGACCGAUGUACUCAAGAUCAAUGUUGGGAACCGUUGUAGUAUUUACAGGCUUUAGAAAGAAAGAUGAAUUGACCAGGCUCAUCAAUAUGAUUCACAGUAUGGGUGGUAGUAUUAGAAAAGAAAUGGGUGCUAAAGUGACUCAUUUAAUAGCUAAUUGUUGUGGUGGUGACAAAUAUAGAUAUGCUGUUACAUUUAGGGUGCCAAUAAUGUCAAUGAAUUGGGUUGUUGCACUUUGGGAUGCUAAAAAUGACGCAACACGUUAUGGAAACAAUGACGACGUGAUAAAUCAUUUUAAGUUAAAACCAUUUUUUGGUGCACGAGUAUGUUUCUUCGGAUUUCCUGAAGACGAAAAGAGACAUAUGUGUGAAGUGUUACAGCAACAAGGUGGCGAGCCCACUGAAAUUGACGAUCCUGAGUGUAGUCACGUUAUCAUCGACAUAAACAGGGACUAUCUCAUCGAGGACUAUCACCUAAAACUUCAAAAAAAAUUGAGCUCUGACUCAGAUGAAAAUUCACCUCCUUGUCACAAUAAAACAUUCACUUAUUACGAUUCACAAUCCUUUAAAUUGCACUCUAUAGGUCCCAAUGAUGAUGAUUGCGAGUCUAUUAACAGUAGAAUUAAUAGCGUCAGCUCACUGAUGACAUUAGACUCUGUUAAUUUCGAUAAAUAUCAAGACUCAGCAAUAUCUCUUGAUUUUAACUCUCGAUCUGAUUCUCCCGGUUUUGUUGACGAGCUUGAUUUCCAAAGCGAAUCAAUCCGCGCCUCUUCACCAUCAAAAUCUCCCUCGCUUGCCUAUAGAGUUAAAAAUUCACCGUCUUUAAUAAAUGAUCGGCAAUUAAUAGCUACUAGUGAUCUUAGAGCUUCAGUCAGACGUUACGUUAAAUGGAAGAAAUUUAAAUCAUGUUUUUCACUCCCGCAAAUGACGAUGAAUCAAUCGCGAUUCUCUAAAACUCAAUCAUUCAACGAAUCGUUUAAAAAAUAUCCCGAAGAGAAUUUAACAAUCGAGGAUAAAGCCAAAACAUUCCACGUUAAUCGCCAGUCUUCAUUACAAACUCAUUAUAAUAAAUAUAAUUAUCGUAGAGAUUCAUUAUUAACUUCACUGCAAGACAUUACACUCGGUCCAUCAUUUAAACACACAAUGCACAUAAAUAAUAAUAUUUGCAAUGAUUUAAAUUUAAACACUGACACAUAUAAAGUCAAUCUAAUUAAAAACAAACGAUCGUUAUCAUGUGGCUUGCUUUCUACGCAAAUUAAAAAAACUAAAUUAUCAUCAUCGGCUUCUAAUUUAUUCGAACAUUCUGAGGGCUGUAAUUCCAUUGAUAACAUACCAGAUGACUGUAAUACUGAUUCACUGAGAGAGAAAUACACCGAGCAGGAGGAUCGCCCGUUUAGGAUGGUUGUUGAUGAAUCUAAUGUCAAUACAUUACCCGACUUGACGUCAAUGCGUGCUUACAUUGUAAAAGCCGAGUGGUUUUGGACUUCGGUGCAAAAUGAAGGCGCUGCUGAUGAAAAAGAAUAUCUUUUUGAGGAUUAUCUGGAAUCAAUGCUAUCACCUAGUGCAUCAAUACGCAAAGAUAGCCAACAAGCUGCGACACCAACGACAGCAUCAACUAGAAGAAAACGCAAACGUCUUGCUGAAACAUUGUCAAGUCUGGUGCAAAAUGGUGCCGAUUCGCCGGCUGUACAUAAAAGAAGAUCCAGCAUCAGUGAUGCAGGUCAUCUGAGUGUUAGUGGGAGCUUCUUAGAUUGCACUGCGAGUCCUGAUAAGCAGAUGCUAGAUGAUAUUCCAGAAGUAGAAGCAGUAAAUACAGAAACGGCUCGUAAAAAUUUAUCGCCACGUCAUCAAGUGUUUUUGGAAUUAGUACAGACAGAAUCUAAUUACGUUGGCAUCCUUAGCACAAUAAUGACCUUGUUCAAAUCGCCUUUAGAGGAUUACAUCGAAACAAGCAACGAAUUAUUAAAUAGUACAGAGGCCAAAAUAAUAUUUGGUAAUUUUCCACCGAUAUAUGAAGUUCACAAAAAAAUGUUAGAAGAGUUACGAUAUAGUGCGGCACACUGGACUGAAGACAUAAGUAUAGGAAAUAUAUUUUUAAAAUAUGCGCCGGAUUUAAUGAAAGCGUAUCCGCCGUAUGUUAAUUUUUUUGAAAACACAAAAGAAAUGUUGGAGCAGUGCGAUCAAAAUAAACCACGAUUUCACGCAUUCUUAAAGAUAUGUCAAACAAAACCAGAGUGUGGUAGACAGAGUUUGAAAGAAUUAAUGAUAAAGCCUGUACAACGAUUACCCAGUAUUAGUUUAUUAUUAACGGAUAUUCUUAAGCACACGAAUAAAAAUAAUCCGGAUCACAGUGCUUUAGAACUGUCAAUCAGUAGUAUUAAAGAGGUAAUGACGUAUAUUAAUGAGGAUAAAAGAAAAACAGAAGGUCAAUUAGCAAUGUUUGAUAUCUUCAAUGAAAUAGACAACUGUCCGCCCCAUCUAGUCUCGUCGCAUCGUUCGUUUAUCGGUAAAUGUGAAGUUAUGGAACUGAGUGAAGGUUUAAGUGGUCGUGGCGAUCAUUUAGUUUUAUUUUUAUUCACUGAUACUCUUGAGAUAUGUAAAAAACGUUCUAAGGCUUUUAAUUCACUCAAGAGUCCUAAUACGGUCAAUGGAUUACAUGCUGUUAAACUUAAUCAGGGUAAACCAUAUAAACAUAUUAAAUUAUUGUCAUUAAGUACCAUUAAAAAAGUGGUGGACAUUCGUGAAACUGAUGAAUGUCAAAAUGUAUUUGCCCUGAUGGUUAGAAAUAAUCAAGAAUUGAAAGAAAAGCUGUACUCGUUUACAAUAACCGACGAGGAAGUAAAUAAAUGUAAUUAUUUACGGACUCUGUGCAGACAAAUGGCCAAUACAGUUUGUAAAGCCGAUGCCGAUACUUUCCUUAUAAGUCUCGAUUCACAUCAACUUGAAAUUGAUACCAGUGACGUCGCACUGGGGACAUUAAGUAAAGCAUUUAAGAGCCUAUUUCAUAAUUUUUACCUGGAGUAUAUGGAUCCGUAUGUGUUCCUACUCAAUAGCAUGUGUGAAACUACGUUACAUGUCCCAAUACCGUUUGCAUCGCGUACCAGGAUGAAAGUUGGCAGAGCAUUCAGCUUCAAUAAAACGCCGAGUAAAUUAAAAAGAGCCAUGUCCACGAUGAUGUCGCCCUUCGGAUCAACAAACAGCCUUACACCAGCGAGCCAGCAACUUGCACAAAUGCGUUUGGCAAGUUGUAAUAAUAUUAACUAUCAGGAUAAAUAUCGCCAAGUUACAAGAACUGGGCAAUGGUGGUACAGAUUCGCCGUCUAGAGAUGAAGUUCUUGUAGCUCCGAUGUCGGUUCAGCCGACCAGAAAGGCUAAGUGCAGCUCCUUGAGUAUGGCUUCAUUACGAAGGUUGUAAUUAUUUUUAUAAAAUUUUAUAAAUCGCGAGAUACAUAUCAUCACUCGCUUGUAUAACACCUGCGCUUUAAAUAUUAUUAAAAAUUUAAUCAUAAGCAUUAAA